CCAACUCCCCUUCCUCACCAACGAAUCCCCAAUCCCCUACAUAACAACCGAGCUCUCGAUUCCAAUCUCACACCUCCGAGGGAGCCAUGUCGGGCCGCGGCAAGGGAGGCAAGGGGCUGGGCAAGGGCGGCGCUAAGCGCCACCGCAAGGUCCUCCGCGACAACAUCCAGGGCAUCACCAAGCCGGCGAUCAGGAGGCUGGCGCGCAGGGGCGGCGUGAAGCGCAUCUCCGGGCUGAUCUACGAGGAGACCCGCGGCGUGCUCAAGAUCUUCCUCGAGAACGUCAUCCGUGACGCCGUCACCUACACGGAGCACGCCCGCCGCAAGACCGUCACCGCCAUGGACGUCGUCUACGCGCUCAAGCGCCAGGGCCGCACCCUCUACGGCUUCGGCGGCUGAGCCCUGCCUCUGCGUUCCGGCGGCGCUCCUGCUUUUGGGCCCAUGCUGGUUGAUGGUGCUAGGGUGUGUUAGGCGUUCGUUCUAUCUGAUGUCUGGAGGAGUCUCCGUGUCUUUUUUGUGCAAAGUCUUCUGUUCUGUGA